UUUGAUUAGGUGUGGAUUAUUUUGUAUUUUGGGAGUGGGUGGUGUUUGCUGGUGCAUCUUAAGGGGUAGGUUUUUCUGUCUAAAACUUCCAGCAUGAAGCUCCUGGUGUUCCUCUUGAUGCUCUCUUACAAUCUGAUCAACAUGCUACAAUGUGAAGCCUCUGUGAUGCUGAGUGUGCCAGAGGUUGUUAGCUUGGAAAUCAACAGUAUGAAGGAUAUCCACAUUGCUUUGAGUGCACCCCUGCAGGAGACAGUAAUGAUUACAGUCAAUGUGACCUUCUCAUCAAAACAAACUUGCAUUGUUCAACUACCUGAGCAAAUAAGGCUGCCGAAAGAUGUAAACUCAACAAGUUUCACCAUUAGAGGAGUUGAAGUUGGGCAAGUGACUACCUACCUCCAGGCCAACAGCAGCAAACUGAUCAGGGCUCCAGUUAAAAUGCGAUUUCUAGUGGUGCACAGCAAUGCUCUGGUGGUGAUAAACCAAGUGAUUGGAUGGAUUUACUUUGUGGCUUGGUCCAUCUCCUUCUACCCUCAGGUUAUUGAAAACUGGCGGCGGAAAAGUGUGAUUGGAUUGAAUUUUGAUUUUCUGGCACUGAAUCUGACUGGACACUUGGCGUAUGGAGUGUUUAACAUCAGCCUUUUUUGGGUUCCAAGUAUAAAGAAACAAUUUCUGGAGCAUAACCCAAAUGGUGUGAACCCAGUGGAAGCAAAUGAUGUCUUUUUCAGUAUCCACGCUAUAUUGUUAACCAUACUUACAAUAUUUCAGUGCCUUAUCUAUGAGAGAGGGUCGCAGAAAGUAUCCAAGAUUGCUACUGCACUGGUGGUGGGUUCAUGGCUGUGUGCCCUUGUCACCUCUAUCAUGGCAUUAGCCCAUCAGAUAACAUGGCUUCAACUUGUCUAUUACUUCUCCUACAUCAAACUUGGCAUUGUCCUGGUGAAAUAUGUCCCUCAGGUCUACAUGAACUACCAAAGAAAGAGUACAGUUGGUUGGAGCAUUUGGAAUGCACUGUUGGAUAUUACUGGAGGCACUUUUAGUCUCCUGCAGAUGUUCCUGCAAUCAUAUAACAAUGAUGAAGAGAUGCUGAUCUUGGGAGAUCCAACUAAGUUUGGUCUUGGACUGAUAUCAAUAUUGUUUGAUAUUAUCUUCCUGGUGCAGCAUUAUAUUCUGUACAGAAAGCACAAAGUCUAUAUGUCACUAAAUGAUGGAGCCUCUUCUGUCAGCUAGCAUUCCAAACACAGGCAUCCAUUUGGCACAGUUCAAUUUGUGGUAAUGAUUUUGAGGACAGCACACGAAAGGCUGGAGGAAAUGUCAGCCACUUUACAUGGUUAUUUAUCAGCUUGCUGCUUUCAUUAUGGUUACCAACUCCACCCCUUCUUUAUUAAACCUGAAUAUCUUUUGCCACAGGAUUGGAAUUCCCCUCUCCAAUUUUCCCCGGUAGACAACCAAAAUUAUCAAGACUAAAGAUGAAGCAGAAGAUGCAAAAAUGAUUUGAGGAAUGAGAAUCUAUCUCUGAAGCCACAAUGUUUUCAAAUUGAAUGCUUUAUUAACUUAUUUAUGUAACUCUGCACACUGGGUGAAGUCACUUUCUUGUUUAAACUGAUUUGAGUGUUCAUGAUGUGGGUUAGGUUUCAAUUUGCAACUUUAACUCUUCACUGGAAUCUCUAGAAAGAAAUUAAUCAAAUUCAGUAUUUAUUCAGCAAGGGGUCUUUUGAGAAACCUGCCAGUAUAGUGGCCUCAACUGUUCUGAUUGUAGUAGCUGAAGUGUAAAUUGGGACCAUUUUCAUCUUUCACUUUGAAUAGCUAAUUGUUAAAACAUUCUUGCUCAUCUUUGUGGUCUUUGAAAAUACUGGGAUUGCAGGUUCUCCCUCUGAAUCAAAGUUGAAUGUUGCUGAAUGAAGUAUGUAAUCAAAUGAAACUUUUUUUUAAAAUUGAACUGUUACCUUGUAUUCCUGAAUCUGAGUUAGAAUUCUAUUUUAUAAUAAAACAUUUUGUUCAAAAAUGCCAGAA